AUGGCCGGCCCCAGCAAGUCCCUGAUCCUUGAUCCGGCACUCCAGAAAUACUACGACCUCACUGCCAACCGUUACAAGUACUUCCGGUGGACGCCGCGUCAUGCCUGGUUCUCGUUCCUCUACAUGGUCCUGAUCCCGAGUUCUCUGGGCUACGUUGCCUACAAGACUGAUGGUCUGUACAACCUGCGCGGAAAGCGUAGAGGCGAUACCAUUGUGGAGUUUUAG